UGCUGUGCUCAAGACCGGAGUGAGGGAAGCACCGAAGCGAAACUUAAAAGGAUUCUUGCCCCUCCGGAGCACAGGCGAUGCGCCUCGGGUCGCCCGGCGCCGCCGCCGGCCGUCCGGCUUCGCCCUUCCCGGCAGUCGGGAACUUGUUCUGAUCCUCGGCGCCCCUCGAAUCCCCGCUGCCCACCCCUCGGCACCCUGGAUAUGUUUUCUCCCAGACCUGGAUAUUUCUUCGAUAUCGUGAAACUACGGGGGAAAUAACUGCGGGGCUUUUUUUUUUUUUCCCCCUCUCGUCUCCGUGCUUCUCCCCACGGACAUGCCUUCAGUUUGGGGCGCCGAGGCACCCAGUCCUGGGCAAAUGAACACCCCCAGCCGCGAGGGAGAGAAAUGAAGGGAAUUUGUGCAGCGGAAUGAAAACUCUGCCGCUCGGUCCUCUCCUCUGCCAUUUGUCCUUUCAAACUGCAUUGUAAUACGGGCCGGAGAAGUCCGACGAGAGCGAGGACUAGCCUCCCGGCCGCGUUUCUCCGCCCGUAUUCACUUUCCGUCUUUCUUUUUCUCUGCUCUCCUUCUCGGCUGACCCAGGGAUGACUUCGUCUCCGCGGCGGCCCCGGCGGGUGCCCUCGCUGCUGUGGACCGUCCUGCUGGUCAGCGCUGCGGCUGCUUCUCAGAAUCAAGAACGUCUCUGUGCAUUUAAAGAUCCAUAUCAACAAGACCUUGGGAUAGGUGAAAGUAGAAUCUCUCAUGAAAACGGAACAAUAUUAUGCUCAAAAGGUAGCACCUGCUAUGGCCUUUGGGAGAAAUCAAAAGGGGACAUAAAUCUGGUAAAACAAGGAUGUUGGUCUCACAUUGGUGAUCCCCAGGAGUGUCACUAUGAAGAAUGUGUAGUAACUACUACCCCACCCUCAAUUCAGAAUGGAACAUACCGGUUCUGCUGCUGUAGCACAGACUUGUGUAACGUCAACUUUACUGAGAAUUUUCCACCUCCAGACACAACACCACUCAGUCCACCUCAUUCAUUUAACCGAGAUGAGACAAUAAUCAUUGCAUUGGCAUCAGUCUCUGUAUUAGCUGUUUUGAUAGUUGCCUUAUGCUUUGGAUAUAGGAUGCUGACAGGAGACCGCAAACAAGGUCUUCACAGUAUGAAUAUGAUGGAGGCAGCAGCAUCAGAGCCCUCUCUUGACCUCGAUAAUCUGAAACUGUUGGAGCUGAUUGGCCGGGGUCGAUAUGGAGCUGUAUAUAAAGGUUCCUUAGAUGAACGUCCAGUUGCUGUAAAAGUGUUUUCCUUUGCAAACCGUCAGAAUUUUAUCAAUGAGAAGAACAUUUACAGAGUGCCUUUGAUGGAACAUGACAACAUUGCUCGCUUUAUAGUUGGAGAUGAGAGAGUCACUGCAGAUGGACGCAUGGAGUAUUUGCUUGUGAUGGAGUAUUAUCCCAAUGGAUCUCUAUGCAAGUAUUUAAGUCUCCAUACAAGUGACUGGGUAAGCUCUUGCCGUCUGGCUCAUUCUGUGACUAGAGGAUUGGCUUAUCUUCAUACUGAAUUACCACGGGGAGAUCAUUAUAAACCUGCAAUUUCCCAUCGAGAUUUGAACAGCAGAAAUGUUCUGGUGAAAAAUGAUGGAACCUGCGUUAUUAGUGACUUUGGGUUGUCCAUGAAGCUGACUGGAAAUAGACUGGUGCGCCCAGGGGAGGAAGAUAAUGCAGCCAUAAGUGAGGUUGGCACAAUCAGAUAUAUGGCACCAGAAGUUCUGGAAGGAGCUGUGAACCUUAGGGACUGUGAAUCAGCUUUGAAACAAGUAGAUAUGUAUGCACUUGGACUAAUUUAUUGGGAGAUAUUUAUGAGAUGUACAGACCUCUUUCCAGGUGAAUCUGUACCAGAAUACCAGAUGGCUUUUCAGACAGAGGUUGGAAAUCAUCCCACUUUUGAAGAUAUGCAGGUUCUGGUGUCUAGGGAAAAACAGAGACCCAAGUUCCCAGAAGCUUGGAAAGAAAAUAGCCUGGCAGUGAGAUCACUUAAGGAGACAAUCGAAGACUGUUGGGACCAGGAUGCAGAGGCUCGGCUUACUGCGCAGUGUGCUGAAGAGAGGAUGGCUGAACUUAUGAUGAUAUGGGAAAGAAACAAGUCUGUGAGCCCAACAGUCAAUCCAAUGUCUACUGCUAUGCAGAAUGAGCGCAACCUGUCACACAAUAGGCGUGUGCCAAAGAUUGGCCCUUAUCCAGAUUAUUCUUCUUCCUCAUACAUUGAAGAUUCUAUCCAUCACACUGACAGCAUUGUGAAGAACAUUUCUUCUGAGCAUUCGAUGUCCAGCACACCUUUGACUAUAGGGGAAAAGAACCGAAACUCAAUUAACUAUGAACGGCAGCAAGCACAGGCUCGAAUCCCCAGCCCUGAAACAAGCGUCACCAGCUUGUCUACCAACACCACAACCACAAACACCACUGGCCUAACUCCAAGUACCGGCAUGACCACUAUAUCUGAGGUGCCAUACCCAGAUGAAACAAGUCUGCAUGCCACCAAUGUGUCACAGCCAGUCGGGCCAACUCCUGUCUGCUUACAACUGACCGAAGAAGACUUGGAGACCAACAAGCUGGACCCAAAAGAAGUCGAUAAAAACCUCAAGGAAAGUUCUGAUGAGAAUCUCAUGGAGCAUUCUCUUAAACAAUUCAGUGGGCCAGACCCACUGAGCAGUACCAGUUCUAGCUUGCUUUACCCACUUAUAAAGCUUGCAGUUGAAGUGACUGGACAGCAGGACUUCACACAGGCUGCAAAUGGCCAAGCAUGUUUAAUUCCUGAUGUCCCACCCGCUCAGAUCUAUCCUCUCCCCAAGCAACAGAACCUUCCUAAGAGACCUACUAGUUUGCCUUUAAACACCAAAAAUUCAACAAAGGAGCCGAGGCUGAAAUUUGGCAGCAAGCACAAAUCAAACUUGAAACAAGUAGAAACUGGAGUUGCCAAGAUGAAUACAAUCAAUGCUGCAGAACCUCACAUAGUGACAGUCACUAUGAAUGGUGUGGCAGGUAGAAACCACAGCGUUAAUGCCCAUACUGCCACUACUCAGUAUGCCAAUGGGGUAGUACCAUCUGGCCAGACAGCUAACACAGCGGCACACAGAGCCCAAGAGAUGCUGCAGAAUCAAUUCAUUGGCGAGGACACUCGGCUGAACAUUAAUUCCAGUCCUGAUGAGCAUGAACCUUUACUGAGACGAGAGCAGCAGGCUGGCCAUGAUGAAGGUGUCCUGGAUCGUCUUGUGGACAGGAGAGAACGGCCCCUAGAAGGCGGCCGAACUAAUUCCAACAACAACAACAGCAAUCCAUGUUCUGAGCAAGAAGUUCUCACACAGGGUGUUCCAAGCACAGUAGCAGACCCUGGACCAUCAAAGCCUAGAAGAGCACAGAGGCCUAAUUCUCUGGAUCUUUCAGCCACCAAUGUCCUUGAUGGCAGCAGUUUGCAGUUAGGUGAGUCAACACAAGAUGGCAAAUCAGGAUCUGGUGAAAAGAUCAAGAAACGAGUGAAAACUCCCUAUUCUCUUAAGCGGUGGCGCCCCUCCACCUGGGUCAUUUCCACUGAACCACUGGACUGUGAGGUCAACAACAAUGGCAAAGACAGGGCAGUGCAUUCCAAAUCCAGCACCACUGUUUACCUUGCAGAUGGAGGCACCGCCACGACGAUGGUGUCUAAAGAUAUAGGGAUGAACUGUCUGUGAAAUGUUUUCAAACCUAUGGAGUGAAAUUAUUUUUUGCAUCAUUUAAAUGUGCAGAAGACAUUAAAAGAAAAAACUGCUUUAUCCUCCUGUCAGUACCCCCUCCUACCCCUGCAACAAGGACUUGCUUUAAAUAGAUUUCAGCUAUGCAGAAAAAUUUAGCUUAUGCUUCCAUAUUUUUUAAUUUUUUUUUAAGUUUUGCACUUUUGUUUAGUCUCGCUAAAGUUAUAUUUGUCUGUUAUGACCACAGAAUUAUAUGUGUGUGUAUCAAAAGUGGUCUCAAAAUAUUUUUUUAAGAAAAAGCAGAAACAAUGUAUUGCUGAUAAUCAGUUUGGACCAGUUUCUAAAGGUCAUUAAAUCAGAAGCAAAUUAAGACAGGUUUGACUGCA